ACUUGAGAGGUGGUACGGGUCGUACAUGUUGACCUCAUACCUGCCUUGCCUUAUCCUUUUGGUGAUAGGAACGGCAACGCAGCUGUACCCUGUGACUGCUGUGUCAGAUCGUGUGAUGGUGACACUUUCCUGCCUCAUCGUGCUCGCGUCUCUGCUGGCACAGGCCAGUGCUACUCUACCGGAGUCUGCCAGCUCCAAGGCAAUUGAGGUGUGGUUCUCUUACACCAUUGCACGCAUGUUCCUGGUCUCCAUGGUGCACACUGCUGUCUACCGUGUUGUAUCCACGAUACCUGAAGAAAGAAUAGCAAAGAUCCAGUCUCCAAUAAUGCUGAAAGUAGUAUCUGCUAGGAGUGUUGCCCCACAGAGAAAGCCGCAGAAAUACCCCUCCAGACAUGACCGCGCCAAGAGGAUCAACCAUGUGGGUCUCACCGUCGGUCUGGCACUAGACUUGGUCUUUAUCGCAUCUUAUUUUGCUUACAUUUUAACCAUUAGGAACCGCAUCUUUCAGUCUUAAUCAGAGGAGAGAUUUUGGAUGGCAAAGAUCGUAACUGACUGGUAUCAGCCAGCCUCUAUCAGAGUUAAGAAACUAGGAAGACUAUUUUAAGCUCUAUAAAGUCAAGGAAAACUUCAUCCGAUUGUGUUGAGACCAGAGACAUAAUCAUACGUAACUAGCCAGGAAACGAAGAUGAAAAUGUAUAGCAAAACCGGAUUCAAAAGUAAAUCUCUAAGAAGAUAAGAGCAAAUGCACAUUUCAUGUAUUGUAAUACAUGCCAUGCAAUCUUACAUACAUUUCUUCAUGAAGGCAUUAAGACCUCCAUGCAUAUGUUCCCUGUGUCAAGUGUGUGCUUCAGGCUAUAAAAUGAUUCCAAGAUGACACGGUAUUUAUGACGGAAAUUACAUGAGUACACUCUUUCAAAGAGAAUAUUGCAGGGUUAGGAAUGAAAAAUAAUGGUGGGGUUCAAGAAAAGCUUCAGAGAAACCAUAAACAUGGCAUGUAAUAGAGUGUAAUGAUAGGAAUUGUAUGGAUGUGCGUAUGUAUGUAUGUAUGUAUGUAUGUAUCUAGCUAUCUA